UACCUGUUGUAAUCUUCUUGAUUUGGAUGUCUUUCUCUUUCUUUCUUUAUAUUACAGUAAAAUAUUUAAUAUCUUGAUCUAAAGUUUCUUGAUUUGGACUUCUAACCAAUGAGAGAGAGAUCACAUUUCGAUCCUUACAAUGCAAAAAAACCGUUAUUACUUUUGUUGAUUAAAAGGGCUCCAAAGAAAGCUCCUCCACAACAUCAUCAGAUCGAUCAAGUUUCCUCGAUCGGACUCCCUUUCCCCCCUCUGCCUCUGCAACAUGAGAAUCACAUGCUGUCCAGAAAAGACUGUGUUGGUGGCAGUUUAUGCAGAGACGCCGCGGAAGAGCUUGCCCUUAUUCCAGGACGCAUUGCAAAGAAACAGAAUAUUAGAGACAAGAAGCGACAAACAAAACUGUCGUCACCACUGUUAUCAUCAUUUCCACUCCGACGACAUUGCCAAAAGAGACGGCGGAGGGAAAGGGUACAAUAGGAGAGCUCAGCUUCUUGAGUACGCAAGAGAUCUUCGAGCAUCUGCACGUCGACCGCCGGCCUCUUCAUCAUCACUACCCUCACACUCAACCUCUCAGACCAAACGAGUCCCAGCAGUUCAGAUGAUUAGUGCGGAUACGCCUUCAAAACGUGCAAAUUCUCAAGCUUGUUUGGGAAAAUGGGAGCGCCUAAUUCCAAACUUCAUUUUAUUAAAGAUAGGCCUCAACAGCAGCAAGCACAAGGGAAACAAGAAGCACAAGAACAACAGCAGUGUAUCUACAACCACAAACAACAUGAAAGCUGUAGCAAAAAGCAUCCUGCAGGGGCAGAAAAAGGGAAGCUGCUUCUCAAAACUGUUCAUAAAUGUGGGUAGGAAGAGAUUCGAUUUACAUAAAUGAAGGUGAUCAAGUUGUCUCUCGUCGCAAGCACCAUCAGCAACCGUUCUAUUUAUUUAUUGUAUGAGGGCGGAGUGCAUAUAUGCACAUUUUUAUAAGGAAAAAUGCAGUGAGAAAUGAGUAAAACAAUUCCUCUAAAAAAAAAUAAAUUAUUUCAUGUAUAUUGAGAAAUGAAGCAAAUUAUCUCUCAAUCUAAAUUAUUAGUAGGUGGUGAUUUGCUUCAUUUUUUGAAAAUACAGUGAAGUAAUUUGCUCAUUUUUUUUUCACCUAUUCUUAUUGGAAGGUUCUUCAAUAUGUUCUGCUUCAGCAAUGACAAUUUUGUUGAGU